AUGAUUUCCCUGGAAAGCGAGGAAGGGAAACCUGCGCGGGAACGAUUCGAAGCGUCAUCUUGGGGCUGUGUACCAAGAGCAUGCAGCUGUAUGCAUCGCUUCUCGUGUGGAACGUCGAGUGAGUCUAGAGUGGCAACGUGGAGAGCACACAUUAUUCCUGUUCGCUUAUUCGGCGUGUUUCCUGCCAUCACCACCCUCUUCUGCGUUCUUUUCCUCUUUUUCUCGAUGCCUCCCCUGAGACCGUCUCCGGCGGGUGUCUGCACAGUAGCCUCUGCCGUGACAGUGAGGCAGCUUCGCGCGUUUUCAUCUGUGACUCCGCGGGCCGCUGUGAACAGAAAUGGAGCUGCCUUUCAAGGAAAGUAUCAUUCUGAGGGCGAGUUGCGGACAGGAGACCCUUUUUUCUCCUUCAAUGAGCAUUCCGCCAGCUCGAGUUGGGGCCGCCGAAGCGAUGGCGGCGCUUUGGCAAAAAGCACGAAAAAAGCAAGUGCCUCGGCGCUGUCUGCGAGGCGUACGUACACCGUGAAUGUUCACAGUGGAGGAGUCUUCCGAUAUAUCCGCCCUCUCAGUUUCGUUUGCUCUCGGUUUGUCGAGAGCUCUGCUUCCCCUCGCGGUGACACCCAGGCUACGGUUGACCGGAGAGCCUGGGACGUCUUCCCUUCUUCUUCGGAAGCUUCUUCUUCCUCCAUCUCUUCACAGGCGACAUACCGCAGGCGAAAUCACGGUGCCAGUGCGACGUCUGGCUCGUCUUUGAGUUCACCCAGUCCGCGCAGGCUCCCGGGCAACGGAGUUGCCGCAUUCCUCUCUAGUUCCAUCCCAUCUGUUUUAUCCUCUUCUUCACUGUUUUCGCGAUCCGCGCAGAAAGCUCCGAAAGAGAGGCAGCUCCAUUCUGCGGGUUCGGGUUCGAGUCCUAGGGAGAUCUUUGGCGGCUGUUCACAGCUUCGCCAUCUAUCGUCUGUGUCCCGCGCGCGUGGCGCACCAGACACAGCUAACUCGUUCGGAGAAGACGAGGAUCCCGCUGGGUCGAGGCACCCAGUCUUCACAUCUACAAAACAAAUUGCGACAAUCGGUCCCGCGAGCUGGGAUUAUGAAGAGAUUGAGCGGCUCUUCCUCGCAGGCGUCGACGUGUUUCGCCUGAAUAUGUCUCACGGGCUGCUUUCGGAGAAGCACCAACAGCUCCUGCACGUGAGGCGGCUGGAAAAGGCGUACAAGCAGCCCGUGGCGGUGCUGGCAGACCUGCCGGGGCCGAAGUUUCGUCUUGGCAUCUUCCGCGACGACGAAGCUUUCCUCGCGGCUGGAGCGGCCUUUACGCUCGACUCCUCCGCGGUGCCUGGCGACGCGUCCCGCGUGCACCUGCCUCACCCAGAGAUCCUCUCCGUGCUGCGCCCGGGCGACAUCGUGCUGAUGGACGACGGGAAAAUCAAGCUUCGCGUGGUGGCGGCGGCUGGAGCGAGCGACGGCGGUGAGGCGGCGGCGGUGCAGUGCGAAGUGCUCGUGGGGGGCCGCAUUUCAAGCAAGAAAGGCGUCAACGUGCCCUCGGCUCUGCUGCCGGUCUCCGCGCUCUCGGCGCGCGACCGCGAGCUCGCGCGAACUGUCGCCAGCUGGGGCGUCGACUGGAUCGCGCUGUCGUUCGUGCAGUCCGCGGCGGACGUCCACGAGCUGAGGCGCGAGCUCCUCGAGGCAGCGCGGGAGUCGGCCGCUGAGCCGAGUCCCCCCGAGUCUCCCGAAGAGGGCGUCGUGCUGGGCAGCCGCGCAGGCCGCGUUCGGCCGGACAUCUCCGUGAUUGUCAAAAUCGAGAAGCCCGUCGCGCUGGAGAACUUUGCAGAGAUCCUCGCAGCUGCAGACGGAAUCAUGGUCGCGCGCGGCGACUUGGGCGUCGAGCUGCCCAGCAUCGCGUGGCUGCCGCGGGUGCAGAAGCGCCUCGUCAGUCUCUGCAGGAAGGCCGGGAAGCCGGCGGUUGUCGCGACACAGAUGCUGGAGUCGAUGACUCAGGCGCCGCUGCCCACGCGCGCCGAGGUCUCAGACGUCGCCAACGCCGUCUACGACGGCGCGGACGCCGUCAUGCUGAGCGGCGAGACCGCCGCAGGGAAGUUCCCUGCGCACGUGGCGCGCAUGCAGCGCCUGGGCAUCGAGGCCGUCGAGGACGACCCUGAGUUCUGGGCAGCGGAGGACGCGCGCCGCCGCACGGCCUCGCCGCGAAGCGCGCGCAACUCUCGGGCGCCUGCGGCCGACGAGGCCUGCGAGAAAGAUCGGAUGGCGACGAUCCUCGCGCGCUUCCUCCCGAGCCGAAGGGGCGAGCCGCGCGCCCUCGGGUCGCCUGCGGCGCCCCCGGAGGCGGCCUCGCCGGUCUGGGAGGAGGCCGCGGGCGCGUGGAUGGAGGCAGCCGCGGAGAUGGCGCGAGGCAGCGGCGCGAAAGCCAUCUUGGUGCUCGGAGAGAGCGAAGAGGCGCUUCGGCGACUCGCCGCCCUGCGCCCGCCGGUCCCCGUCGUCGCGGUCACGCCGUGCGCGCACGCCGCGCGGAGACUGAAGAUGUACUGGGGCAUUUAUCCGGUCUUCUCAAGCGCCACGGACGCCCAGCGAGACUGCGCGGUGCCGCGCUCGCAGUCCGAGAUGCAUGCACAGCUGCAGCUGGCGUGCUCUGUCGCGAAACAGGAGCGGUUUGUCGAAGCGGGCACAGACUCGAUCGUCGUCGUCACGAGACCGGAGACUGCAGCGGACAGCGGCGUAUCUGGAGAGCCGCCCGCGGCGCCCCUGUUGACAGUCUGCAGACUCGAUGAGCGCGCAUUGUCGAGUUCUCGCGCAGACGCCUGA